AUGGAAAACGGCAGUGAAGUAUCAGAUCGGAAAUACGAGAGCUGUAACGAUACCAGAGAAGUUUCGGAGGCCAUGAAAGACCCGAAGCAUGCGGAUCGUAUCGGUUCCGUAUUCUCGAAUAUGUACUACUCGGUAUUGCAGUCAUCGCCCGAGUACGCCGACGAUUUUUAUGAGGAGGACGGCGAUUACCAGACCAUCUACGCGGACGGAUCGACCGUCGUCGCCAAGACCCGGAUCCAGGUAAAAGAUGUAUUGAUGCAGCCAACGACCCAUCCCAAUUAUGUAAUAAAUUCGGUUGUUUCGAUGCCCUGUGAAGAACCUUCCAAAGGCCUGUCGGUCAACGUGACCGGCGACCAGUUCGUUCAUGAUUUUGUCAUGGUGUACCGUCCGGAAAAGAUUUUGGGUUACGCCAUUGUGACGUCCAUGAUUCGAUACGAUACUGCGGUACCGGUCGCCAAACGCCAAAUACCGGUAACAACAUUCGCUGAAGGCGACUUACAGGCUAUUACCGGCAGUACACCAAACAUAGGUCUAGAAACAAGCGACGACCGUUCGCUAAAUAUAGCCGCCUGCAACGAACCCCUUCCCGGACCUGUUGCUAUGAACAUCACAAUUAAAGAUAUCAUCUCCGAAAUAUUUUCCGACAUCCCGUCGGUCCCUACGGAACCCGCAUUUUUGAUUACAGCUAACCUUGGUAUAGAACCCGCCGCCGAAAACAUUAGAAAAUCAAAUAUAUUUUCAAAACUCAUGUUCGUCCAAGAACCAUUUCCAAUUACCGAUGUUUUCGAAAAUGAUACAGUAGCAGACAUCGCGUACGUCCCAGAAAGCGGCUUUUCAAAUACCGAUGUUUUCGAAAAUUAUACAGGAGUUGAAAUCGCGUCCGUCCCAGAACCCGCCUUUUCAAUUACCGAUGUUUUAACAAAUGAUACGGUUGGCGAAAUCGCGUUCGUCCCAAAACCCGCCUCAUUAAAUACCGAAACCGAGAAUAAUGUACCCAAACCGUUAUCCGAUAACAAGAAAAUCAAAAAACAUUUAUGCAAUUUAGUUCUGUUUUCUGCUGCCUGUUGGGUUGUGUAUCGAUAUAUCUUAUAA